GUCACCUCCUGCUCCACAAGAGACGAGAAACUCGUGUUAUUAUAGUAUUAACUUGAAGUCUUGGAUGAUUGAUGAGUGACGACGACAAGGACAAUACUAAAUUCCUUCAAGUUUUCAUCUUCUCUCUCAAACCCAAUAACAAAGACAAAGCUGCGAGCUUUAAGCGACAAGAAGAAGCUCUGUUUUUUUGUUUGUUUUUUCGUUUGGAAAUGGAGAAGACACCGAGAUAUGUCCGGUGGGGUUAUGAGGUUAACGCCUCUUCCGAUGGUUGCAUCGACGCGAUCGACUCCUAUUUCCAUCAGGUUCUUAGUUAUGGGAGGAAUAGGAAAGUGAUCGUAGAAGCACCACUCCACGACAAAGAUUGUGUCUUGGGAAACGUUUUAGCUGCUCAUUACCUUUCCUCUUCUGAUCAUCACAGAGCUAAGUCCUAUCUCGAAGCUGCCACAUCCAAUCUCGAACAAUCCACACCUUAUGAGAAAGCGGUUUUCGAGGCUAUUAGUUACCUGCUCUCUGAGGACAGGGAUGACGACUUGGCUUUUGAGAUGCAUACCAAGUUACUUGAAAGAUUCCCAAAGGACUUGGUCUCUCUCAAGAGAGCUCAGAUUUUGAGUUUCUACAUGGGUCAGCCUGGUCCCUUCUUGGGUCUUGUUCUACAGGUUCUACCUGUGAAUCGAGAAGAAAGUUACAUACACGGGAUGCUUGCGUUCCCUUUGUUAGAACUUGGUCGAAUGGAGGAAGCUGCGGCAGCUUCCAGGAAAGGCUAUGAGAUAAACAAACAAGACGCCUGGGCUCAUCACUGUCUGUGUCAUGUUCUUCAUCAUGAAUGUCGAUUUAAAGAAGCAGUGGAGUUCAUGAAAGGAGUCUCAGAAUCUUGGCCUUCUUGCUCAUCCUUCAUGUAUACACACAAUUGGUGGCAUGUUGCUCUCUGUUACUUGGAAGGAGGGUCACCGAUGAGUGAAGUCAUGAAGAUAUAUGAUACUCACAUCUGGAAGGAGUUGGAGAAAGAAGACGCUGUUCCUCCUGAAGUUUAUCUCAAUGCUCUCGGUUUGUUAUUGCGUCUUGAUGUAAGAGAUGCUCUUGAUGGUUCGUUUGAAGACCGUCUCAAACUCCUUGCAGCUCGUUUGACUGAUCAGGCAAACUGGUAUUUGGAGUGGCAUCUUGAUAUAUUGAUAGUUUGGGCAUUGGCGAAAGUUGGAGAGACAUCAAGAGCUCAUGAACUACUCCAGGGUCUGAAGUUCCGAGUAUCGAAGAUGACCAAGAAGAAACAACAAGUGAUGCAGAAAGGGAUUCAGCUUGGAGAAUCUGUUUAUGAAUACGCAAAGGGUAACUACAAACAGGCUUUAUCACUACUUGGUUCAGAUUUUAACGCCAUUGGUUACAAGAUCAUUGGGGCAUCAGAUGAACAAAUAGAUGUUUUCAACGAAAUGUGGUGCCAGCUACUGCUAAAGACAUGCCAACCCUCCACUGCCAAAGAAGUGAUCAGAGAAAGGAUAAAGGUCAGAGAUGGUGUUCCCUUCAUGUGGCGUUUGCUGGAGAAGAGCUAUGCCAUGGAAGGCAAUGCAGAUGCUGAGAGAGCAGGAGAGAGAGCUAAGAAGCUGGAAGGAUCUUCUUAUUUCUAACUCUGCUUCUUUAUGAUAAUAUAACUUAAUGUGUAAAAUCCUUUGGAUUUGGUGUUACGCGUGUACAUAUUGUUUUAUAGCAAAUAGAAGACACUUUUACUAGGAGCCAACAAACAAAAGUGUUUCAGAACACAAACACAUGCUUGUGUGUUUUUUCUGAACGUACAUGGUUCAGUUGGCAUGGAAGUCAAAAGCAUACAUCCUCGAAAGACGAUGAAUUUCCCAUAUUUUACAU